CGGAGAAAGGAAACUUCUAAAAGUUAGUUCAUUUCAAAAUAUAUUAUUACACAAAUAACCCAUAUGGUUAAUUGGUUAUCAUUCAAUAUCAUUUAUUAUUGAUAUAAAACCCCUCACUAGGUGUUUCUCCAUUUCCUCCAAUCCCAUUCGGCCAUUCAUCACUUUCCUCGAUCUCAUUCUCUCUCUCAUCAUCGUCUUGUGUUAUUUCUCUCUCUCUCUCUCAUCGCCGUGAUGGUGCUCUCUCACGCCGCAUCGGAUUCGGACGUCUCCGUCCACUCCACAUUCGCGUCACGAUACGUUCGAACUUCACUUCCUAGGUUCAAGAUGCCGGAAAACUCGAUUCCAAAAGAAGCGGCGUAUCAGAUAAUAAACGAUGAGUUGAUGCUUGACGGUAAUCCAAGGCUAAACUUGGCCUCCUUCGUGACCACGUGGAUGGAGCCUGAGUGCGACAAGCUCAUCAUGGCUUCCAUUAACAAGAACUAUGUCGACAUGGACGAGUACCCUGUCACCACCGAACUUCAGAACCGAUGUGUGAACAUGAUUGCACAUCUAUUCAACGCACCUUUAGGAGAGACAGAGACAGCCGUUGGAGUAGGGACCGUUGGAUCAUCUGAGGCCAUAAUGUUGGCCGGUUUGGCCUUUAAGCGUAAAUGGCAGAACAAGCGUAAAGCGGAAGGCAAACCUUUUGAUAAACCCAACAUUGUCACUGGAGCUAAUGUUCAAGUGUGUUGGGAGAAAUUCGCUAGGUACUUUGAGGUUGAGCUUAAGGAAGUGAAACUAAGCGAAGGGUAUUAUGUGAUGGACCCGGAGCAAGCUGUUGAGAUGGUCGAUGAGAACACUAUAUGUGUUGCGGCUAUUCUUGGUUCCACUCUUAAUGGAGAAUUUGAAGAUGUCAAACUCUUGAAUGAUCUCUUGGUCCUAAAGAACAAAGAAACCGGAUGGGACACACCAAUCCAUGUGGAUGCGGCAAGUGGAGGAUUCAUAGCACCGUUUUUGUAUCCAGAAUUGGAAUGGGACUUUAGACUGCCUUUGGUGAAGAGUAUAAAUGUGAGUGGUCACAAGUAUGGACUUGUGUACGCAGGAAUUGGUUGGGUGGUUUGGAGAAACAAAGAGGAUUUGCCCGAGGAACUCAUCUUCCAUAUCAAUUAUCUUGGUGCUGACCAACCCACUUUUACGCUCAAUUUCUCCAAAGGUUCGAGUCAAGUCAUAGCUCAAUACUACCAACUCAUUCGAUUGGGCCACGAGGGUUAUAGAAAUGUGAUGGAGAAUUGCAGAGAGAAUAUGAUCGUGUUAAGGGAAGGACUUGAGAAGACAGGAAGGUUCAACAUCGUAUCAAAAGAAGAGGGAGUACCGCUUGUCGCUUUCUCCUUGAAAGACAGCAGCUCUCACACUGAGUUCGAAAUCUCCGACAUGCUUCGCAGGUACGGAUGGAUAGUGCCGGCAUAUACAAUGCCUCCUAACGCACAACACAUAACUGUUCUUCGAGUGGUCAUCAGAGAAGAUUUUUCAAGAACACUCGCAGAGAGACUUGUGAUCGAUAUUGAGAAAGUGAUGCGUGAGCUCGAUGAGCUUCCUUCACGAGUAAUCCACAAAAUUUCGCUGGAAGAGGAGAAGAGUGAAGCUAACGGCGAUAACUUGAUGGUGACGGUGAAGAAAACCGAUAUGGAGAAGCAGAGAGAGAUCAUCAAUGGCUGGAAGAAGUUUGUUUCCGACAGGAAGAAGACAAAUGGUAUCUGUUAACUGAAAUAAUAAUAUAUAAUGAAAAUGUUUGGACUGCUUUAUCAAUAAUGCAUUUGCACUAAUUCGGAGAUUUGAAGGUUUUUACUUUAUUGUUGUUGAACAAUUUAAUUAGUACUUGUAAUAUUUUUUUUUAAUAUUAUUGUGACAUUUUGAAAAUGAUCAUACAAGAGAUUUAUUUAUUAUAAUAUUUUUAUAACUGAACUUGUAUCAUCAUUUUAUAAUGUGCAACAAUAAGCAAAAAAAAAAAAAAGUUACACAAUGUAGUAGUAAACUCUGUUUAAUCGAUACAAGAAAUUUAUUUAUGAUAUUUUUCAAAUAAACUCUAAGCUGGAGCAGGAGCACUAUGGCUAGAGCAAUGUUUCUCAACAUAGUUGUUAACGAAAGGGUUACGGAAGGAUCUGAAAACCGUAUGCUUACAAUUUUCAUUCAACGUCUUGAUCAUGGCACAACAUUCAGAACCAACGGUUGUUUUUUUGGUUAACGUCUUCAUCAAACAUUUUGUUACCAUCUUGUAACUGGAAAAGCACUCCUUUAAUUCCCGAUUUGGGCUGUGUUUGUGGAUAGCCGAGGGCGCCUGAGCGUAACCUGACCAUUAGAGCUCUUCGUCAUCUGUUGGGUCAAUGAAUUGAGAUGUGACACAGCUUGAAAAGAGAAUUAUUGCAACAAAAAUUGUGAGAUGCUUCAUUUUCUUUGGAUUCUUUGUCGAUGUGAAAUUGAAAAUUGAGAAAAAAAGAAUAUUCUUUUUGUUUUGGAUGUCUUUAAGAUGAAACUACGUCAGGGUUUAUAUAGAAGUUUACAAUAAAUACUUUUAUAACAUAUACAAACAAAAUAUAGAAAGAAUCAUGUCUAUAAUUGUUUAUAUUCGAUUAAGGACAUAAAUCUAAAAUUUGCAUCUUUUUAACCCAAAAAGAUUGUAUAAUAUCUUAAUGUUGACCAAAAAUAGGGUAUAAUAUCAUAAUAAUACUCUGAGAUAAUAUCAUUUAAAUAGUAUUUGUGCUAAAUAAGUUUUGUAUAUAUUUGAAAUUUAUUAUAAUUUUGAUAAAUUAAAUUUUAGAUAAAAAUGUAUAGAUAUUUUUGAUUGGUUAACAAUAUAAGAAUAAAAUUAAUUUUUAUUAAAUUAUAUUAAUCAUCUAACCACAUGCAUCUCCAUAUCAUAUAAAAAUAUGAUUUUAAAGAUUGAAUCAAGCAAUUUAGAUUUCAAUCCUAAUUUUUAUUUUUAAUUAUUUAAUUAAUUAAGUAAUAGGAUAAAUUUUAGUUGAUGAGUCUUCAGUCAUAAGAACAUAAAAAAUAAGCAAAAUUAUUUAAAAGUAUGAAGAAUAUGACAAAUAGGUAAAAUCUCUGAUUUAGAUUUUAUCCUAAUUCUUAUUUUACUUAUUUAAUUAAUUUUAAAUAAUAAGAUAAAUUUUAAUUGAUGAUUCCUCAAUCAAAAUCAUACGAGUUCGAUAAAUAAGAAAAUUAUCUAAAAUUAUGGUGAAUAUAACAAAUAAAGAAAAUCAUUUUCAGAUAAUAAUAGUAUAGAUAGAAGAUG